CUGGAGAACGAGAUCGCAGAAGGGUUCUUGGCCGUGGUUGACGAGAUCGUGAAGGCACACAACGGGCUGGGACUGUCGGAUUUGUAUCCUUCUUUGAAGUUCAUCCCUGUGGUUACUGGGUUUCUACCGAAGCUGAAGUCGCUGCAUGGAGCGGCGGAUUCCAUUUUGGGAGGAAUCCUCGAGCAGCAUCGAGCCAAGCGAGAAGAGAAGAUUCGAUGA